UUUCUCAGACACUUCCGGGUCCUGCGUCGCUCCGGAAGCCCGCGAGUUCCGGAAGCCUGGGUAAUCCAGGUUCUGCUAGGAGAAGCCAAGCUUCCCAGAAAAUGUCUCAGAGAAAGUUACGUGGAACGGGGGCGUUUCGCAGACUCCUAAGGGGUUGGGGUAGCAUUCAAUCUGUGAUUUGAAAUCUGUUCUGAAGAAGAAUUCCUAUAUAAAUUUCCUGGAGGCACACAGGGGAGAGACAAACCAAACAGACAGCUGUUUUUCACAAGAACAGCUCUUACUUUUCCCUUCUUAACUGCCUGUGAAUAAGAUUUAUUUAUUUGUCAGAGACAGAGAGAAAGCGUACAAGCAAGGGGAGCAGCAGGCAGAGGAAGAAGCAGGCUCUUUGCUGAGCAAGAUGCUGAUGAGAUACUCAGAUCCCAGAGUCCUGGGAUCAUGGCUUGAGCUGAAGGCAUAGGCUCAACCAACUGAGCUACCCAGAAACCCUCCAAGAAGACAUGGCUUCCAGAGAAGAGAACAUGAAAAGGAUGAACAGAGUGCUGAGAAUAAGUCAGUUGGAUGCGCUUGAACUGAACAAGGCCCUGGAGCAGUUAGUUUGGUCCCAGUUUUCUCAAUGCUUUCAUGGAUUUAAGCCAGGGCUGUUAGCCCACUUUGAACCAGAGGUGAAAGCAUUACUGUGGCUUUUCUUGUGGCGAUUCACCAUCUAUUCUAAAAAUGCCACUGUGGGACAAUCCAUUUUGAAUAUUCAGUAUAAAAAUGAUUUUUCCCCAAAGCUGAGGUACCAGCCACCAAGUAAGAAUCAGAAGCUGUGGUAUGCUGUGUGUACAAUUGGCGGGACGUGGCUGGAAGAGCGCUGCUAUGACCUAUUUCGAAACCGUCAUUUGGCAUCAUUUGGGAAAGCCAGGCAGUGUAUAAAUAUCAUGGUUGGACUUUUUAAAUUAGGUGGGCUCAUUAAUUUCCUGAUUUUCCUUCAGAGGGGCAAGUUUGCAACUUUGACAGAACGUCUCCUAGGCAUUCGUUCUGUAUUUUGCAAGCCCCAAAACAUACGUGAAGUUGGCUUUGAGUAUAUGAAUAGGGAACUUCUCUGGCAUGGUUUUGCUGAGUUUCUGAUUUUUCUCUUACCACUUAUUAAUAUCCAGAAAUUGAAAGCUAAGUUGUCUUCAUGGUGUAUUCCUCUUACUGGUGCUUCUAAUAGUGACAAUACGUUAUCCACCAGUGGCAAACAGUGUUCUCUGUGUGGAGAGUGGCCCACCAUGCCUCACACCAUAGGAUGUGAGCACAUCUUCUGUUACUACUGUGUUAAAAGUAGUUUCUUAUUUGACGUGUACUUUACUUGUCCUAAGUGUGGCACAGAGGUACACAGUGUGCAGCCACUAAAAUCAGGAAUUGAGAUGUCAGAAGUGAAUGCUCUUUAGAAACUAAGAUUGUUUCCUCUGAGGAAAACUGUAUUAUGUUCAAAUCCUUAAUAUUAGUCAUCCUAAGCAUACUGUUUAGGAGGGGAUGUGCUUCUCAGCCACUGUCUUCUAUUCCUUUGCAAGUACGAAAUUCUAAUCACUAGAAACCACAUGAUUCUGUAUAUAUUAUGCACACAGUAAUGUAUUACUUUUCUUUAAAUCAUUGCAUUCAGUUUUUAAUGUUGAGAAUAAUGGACAGUUUUUGUCAGACUACUAAAAACAUUCUCUCAUUUUGCUACUUCCUAGAAAGAGGGUAGAUUCUAAAAUGAUUUCGGAGACUUGGGAUGAGUGUGUAUUUAUUUUCAAAGAUGGCAUUAUAACGUCAUAAUCUGACAAUGAUAAGACCCUGUUGUUUUGAGACUUAAGAUCUAGUGCCCCAGUUGUAAUUUUAAGCUACUCUCCAAAACCUGUUUUUAAAGGAUUCAGUUGGCUUCCUUCUUAGGCAAAAUAAUGGCCACCAGGAGCUCCAGACUGAUGUUUUGCCGGCUUUCUGAUUCCCUGGGAAUAAGAGCUUCUUGCGUAAUAGUUCUGGCUAAAUCCAGGACCUCUUUGACUUUGGUCUGCCUGGGAUUACACAUUUGUGAGCCAGGACAGAAAAGUACUAAUCUUUAUUACUAGAUGUAUACCUCGUGGACCCAUAGUAGGAGAGAGGCAGUUCACCACAGGAAAGUCAGGUGCCAUUGUAAGAGUAGUGGAUGGUGGGCAGGUAGAAACAAAGAUCCCUACUAGAGUCCAUAUUUGCCUUUUUCAUAUCAAAAGUCUGUAUGUAUUCUUUGAUUUUGCCAAUGAUCUAAGUUGAUGAGAACAUAAGUAACUGAGUGGUUGACUUAGAUUAAAGAUUUAAAAGGAUUAAAUAAAUAAAUAUUUUGUUAUACCAAUAA